AAAAGAUUUAUUUUGUAUUUUGAAAUGGGAAAAUUGUAAGCAAUAGUAAUAUAGCUAGUUUGAAACCAGGUCGUCUAGUAGUUAUGCUAGCUGGAAGAUAUGCAGGAAAGAAGGCUAUUUUGAUUAAAGCAAAUGAAGAAUCAACUAAAGUAAAUCAAAUAUCGAUUUAUUUUAGGAUGCAAAAUUCCCAAAUGGUUUAGUUGUUGGUAUUUAAAGAUAUCCAAGAAAAGUUACCAAGAGAAUGGGUUAAAAAUAAAUCAGAAAGCGAACUACUUUGAAAGUGUUCAUUAAAUAAUUAAAUCUUAAUCACAUUAUGCCAACAAGGUAUUCAUAAAUUGAUUGUUUUUAGAUACAGAUUAGAAGAAUCAACUUUAAAAGAAGUUAGAGAUAGAAUUGAAAGAGUUAAAGAGUCUGAAUUGAAGAAUGUUGAAAAAAGAAAGGACUUGAGAAAGAAUUUGAGAAAAUAUUUAGCUGAAAAAUAUAGAACAUUGCCUGCAGGAAGUUUGGCUGAUAAGAAAGCUCAAUCAAGAUUCCUUUUCUCAAAAUUGAGAUUCUGAU